GGACUCAUUCGAACAUCUGGGAGUGAAAAAAACUCCUGGGCUGGAGCAAAGGCUGUUCAGAGGGAAACGCAUGUUGUCAAGCCCAGCAGUGUUGAACCUUGAACAAACUAAUAUCUGAGGCCAUUACGCACGGAGUUUAGAUACAGGAGUGACUGAGUCUUUCACGUUUAUGACAAUUUAGUAUCAUAACUUAUAAAAAUACAGUGCUACAAUAAUUUAGAAUAUAAAUAUUCGUUUGUUACAGAAGUGAAUUGCAACAUUUCCCAAACUCAAAGAUCUAUCGACAAUCAAAAGGACAUUUCCAAGGAACCAUGAAGGAAUUAUCAUCUUUCUGCCACAGGAUGAUCCUGGUUGCUCUACUUCUAACUGUCUCAGCUACCAAGAUGAACGUACCACGACUCAGACUUUCAUACAAAGACCUCAUGGCCACCAACCGGUCCUCUAUCUUCAGCGGUCAUAAUGGUCAGCUCUCUCUGACCGCUGUGUUUCUGGACGAGUACCAUGACCGUCUGUUCCUGGGGGGCAAAGACGUCCUCUACUCCCUGAGACUGGACCAUACCAACCCAGACUCCAAAGAGAUCUACUGGCCUCCGUUGCCUGGUAACAAAGAUGACUGUGUCCAGAGAGGGAAGGAUUCUCAGACAGAGUGUGGCAACUUUGUGCGCCUGCUGCAGCCCUAUAACCGCACCCACCUGCUGGCCUGUGGUACGGGCGCCUUCCAGCCCAUGUGUGCCUAUGUGUACGUUGGCCACCGUGGAGAGCAUGUUUUCACCAUGGACCCUACCAAUGUGGAGAACGGACGGGGGAAGGUUCCUCACGACCCCAGCCUCCCCUUUGCAAGCACCUUUACUGGUGGGGAGCUUUACACAGGGCUGACUGCAGACUUCCUGGGUAGAGACUCAGUGAUCUUCCGUAGUCUGGGAGGUCGCUCCACCAUGAGGACUGAGACAGACCAGAAACUACUCCAUGAUCCUAAGUUUGUUGCGGCCCACCUCAUCCCUGAUAACGAUGACCGUGACAAUGACAAAGUGUACUUCUUCUUCACGGAGAAGGCCAUGGAGGCCGGAGACAGGGAGGGAGCCAUCCACACCCGCGUGGGACGAGUAUGUGCGAAUGAUGCAGGUGGACAGAGAGUUCUGGUGAAUAAAUGGAGUACCUUCAUCAAGGCCAGACUGGUGUGUUCUGUACCUGGGCCUCAUGGCAUCAACACACACUUCGACGAGCUGGAGGGUAUUUUCCUGCUCAGAGGCAAGGAUGAGAAGAACCCAGAUGUUUAUGCCAUCUUCAGCACCAUUAGUAACGUGUUCCAGGGCUUUGCAGUGUGUGUGUACCGUAUGGCAGACAUCCGGGAAGCCUUCAAUGGGCCGUUUGCGCACAAGGAGGGACCUGACUAUCAGUGGGGGGCUUACGAGGGCAGAGUGCCCUAUCCAAGACCUGGGGUGUGCCCCAGUAAGAUCACCAACCAGCCUGGCAGACAGUUUGGCAGUACCAAGGACUUCCCAGACGCAGUGCUUCAGUUUGCCCGGGGUCACCCCCUGAUGUGGCGCCCGGUGUACCCGGCCAUGAGGCAGCCUGUGCUGGUCAAGGCCAACGUGCCCUACCGCCUCAAACAAAUCGUGGUGGACCGCGUGGAGGCUGAGGAUGGACAGUAUGACGUUAUGUUCAUAGGCACAGACAUAGGCACGGUGCUGAAGGUCAUCGCCCUGCGCAGUGGCAACUCUCUGGACACAGAGGAGGUCACUCUGGAGGAGCUGCAGGUCUUUAAGGUGCCAACUCCCAUUACCUCUUUGGACAUCUCAGUAAAAAGGCAAGCACUGUACGUGGGUUCUCCAUUGGGUGUGGCUCAGCUGAGGCUCCACAGGUGUGAGACGUAUGGGAAGGCCUGCGCUGAGUGCUGCCUGGCCAGAGAUCCCUACUGUGCCUGGGACGGCACCUCCUGCACCCGCUACACCUCGCUCAGCAAACGUCGCUACCGACGCCAGGACAUCAGGCACGGCAACCCCGCCCUGCAGUGUAUGGACCAGAACCUCAAUGUGGAGGAGCUGGAUGUGACAGAGGAAAGGGUUGUGUACGGGACAGAGAACAACAGCACCUUCCUGGAGUGUAUCCCCCGCUCCCCUCAGGCCUCCGUGACAUGGCUGCUCCAACGAGACGACCGCAAGGAGGAGGUGAAGCUGGAUGAGCGGGUGAUGCGUACGGAGCAGGGCCUGCUGUUCCGCCGUGUGUUCCGUCAGGACGAGGGCGUGUACGUGUGUCGCUCCCGCGAGCACGGCUUCACCCAGACCCUCACCCGCCUCUCCCUGGAGGUCCUACAGGGGGACACACUGAGCGAGCUGCUAGCCCGUGAUGACGCCCCCCUCGACGGUCCACAGGGGGUGAAGGGCUACAGGACCUGGCCUCCCUGCCACGCUCACAGAAGCACCGGCCCCCUCAGCCAACCGCGCUCCUGGUUCAAGGACAUCAUGCAGCUGAUUGGCCCGUCGAACCUGCCACACGUGGAGGAGUACUGCGAGAGGUUGUGGUGCAAUGACAAGCUACGGCGCAAACACAAGAGCAUGCUGGACAAGUACCGGCAGGCGCAGGACAGCGCACACAAGGCCCGCAACAAGGGCUCUGGGGAACGCAACCGGACACCGCGGGAUGUCAGCAACCGACAGCCGUAGAGGGGAGAGAGGGAGGAAAUAGAGGACUGAGAGAAGGACUACAUGAGAGACUGAGAGAGAAUAGGAAGAGGUGGUAGUUACAUGUAUUGUAGGAAGAGAGACACUGCCAACAGACUGUAAUGUUAAGGGUUGAGACUGUUGUGGAGGGGGGAGGAGGGAGAGAGAGAGAGAGAGACCAGGACUCAUGGCACUCAUCACUCUCAUUGACUUCAUGAAGAAACCCUCUGCUGUUUUCACCAAUGGACCCUUCUUCCUCUCCACGCACCCUUGCGAUGUUAGUGACUCUGUAUAUGACUAUGGAUUGACUGUACCAUGCUGUAAAUAGUGUGUGGAGUUGGACUGCUACAACUGAUCACCUUUAACCCCUCAUUGUGCCCAUCUCUCUUUGGUCCUUGAGCCCAUUCCACAUGAUGUACCCCUUAAAACAACAUCUCCAGUCCCUUUGCCUUACCCUGCACCUCAUCAUAUCUAUUCUGGAAGAAAUGGGGCUUAAUGGAAUCAAAAAGGGUUCUAUGGCUCACUUCAUGUACAGUAUUGCCUUCAAAGAGGUUCUAGAACCCCAAAGCACCGUUAUUUUUAGCAGUGUAAUCCCAUUACCCUGCAGGUCAUUCACAACCGCACAUUCUCAAGCAUGCACUGUUGAGCGGACAUAUAAGUGCACUCACACAUCAUCCAUCACACACUCAGCCAUAACAACACACCAGAGCAUUGCUUUAACUGGAAGUUUUCAUGAGACGAUUGUUGACUCUUCAACAGAGAAAAGACCUGUCCGUUGCUUUGUGUUACCAGUUCCCACCAUUCCUAGUUGUGUCGUUCCUGACAAUGGAAGGAAAAUAAAAGGGUCAUUGACGCUGGCUGAAUGUUCUGCUGGUGCUUUGCACACACGGCUUCAUUAUUUAAAUACAGGAUUAGCCAUGUUUUUUCUCUCUCUGUUGUUAAAAUACAAUGUUUUCACUGACAGACUUCACUGAAAGCUCUCCUUUCAAGGGCACUGGCUGUAGGGAAAGGAGGGAGGGGGUCAGUGGAGUGAAGGGACAGGGAUGAUGGGACAGGGGUGAGUGGACAGGGGUGAGGUUAUGAAAUUGGGCUGGGUUCUAAAUAAGGAAAAGGGGGCAGUGGAGGGGUCAUAGACGGUAUGGGUGGGUUUUUACAAUGGAUGGUGGAGGGAUAUUGGAUGAGUUGGGUUGAUGUGGGUGAGUGGGGGUCAAGGGACAGCUAUGCGAUCCUCCUUGGUUGGCUUGAGUAGGCAGCCAGGGGAAGUGUGGAGUUUAACAACUCCCACUUGCUCCCAUGCCUUGAUUGCUUUCACUGGCAUACGAACUUGCUUGUGGAGGAGGAAGAGGUGGAGGAAGAGGUGGAGGAAGAGGUGGAGGAAGAGAAAGAAAAGAAAAGAAGGAAAGGGUGGUGGAGGAAUACGUGCACUGAAGAAAAAAGGGGAGCUUUAAGUGCCAGUAUACACAAUUCACAGUUCUGUAAAAAUCCUGAAUCCGUUUGUGUGAAGUAACUAUUUAAAAAUGUGGCACAUUGUUUCCUGCCAAUGCAGUGACUUCAGAAUAUGUAACACAAGCAUCACUCAAUCUUCCAUUUAUUUUCUCAGUUUGAGAAAAGUGAGUCCUGUUGCUUUCUCUCCAAAUAUUGUUUUUGAUCAUAUCUUCUAAACCAACCAGAAUGUGACGGAGGAGAGUGUUAUUAAAUAGCCCAAAUCCCUUAGGCCUUUUUUGUAAAUCUUUUCUAAAUCCUAACGUUUCAAUUCAUGAUUGGUGUCAAUGAGUUAACAUGAGAUAAAGCAUUAUAUCUCGAGCAGUCGCCCCUUCUGAUCAUGUUUCGACUGUUGAUGAUUUGAGUAGGUUAGGGCUGUUAUGAGUGGUUCACCAUACGGAGGCCUACCAGGUCUUAUUCUGAUUGGUUAUAAAAGAAAAGACACUAACAUAGCCUGUAUAAAAGGGAAAAUACACUGCUCCACACAACACAAUAGCUUAUGGUUCACAGCUAUGGGAAAAAACAGGAUUCAAUGGGUAUUGUUGAGUAAGUCAAAACUAAUUGGACAGUGAAUAUGAAUAAAACAAUGAAAAAGCUUUUACUGACAAAUGUCAUUUGUUUUUGCCUGUUUUUCGAUUUUUGUGGAGCUCCAUCCUGCAGUUACUAUCAGCAAUAGUUUGAAGAAAAACAUUGUAUUUCUGACAUACUCUGUGUUCAGAAUGUCAAUGUCGAACUGUAACAAAGUGAGACUUCCAAUGUUGAUGAUAGGUUUGUAACUCGUUGGUGGGGUCUCUUUCAUAGGAAAGAGCCUAAUUUAAAUGUUUGCUGUAUUUAUGUCUUAUUUAAUGAUGCUCUCCUGCAUGCAGUGUAAUGUAUGCUAUUUAACAUAUUAAUACAGUUUUUUUUUCUAACGUAAA